AUGAUAACAAGCGAUUGUCUCCAGCCUGACCUCCAGCUGAUUGGUGAAACUGAACCUCGAGAGACUGACCAGGGAAAAUGGGAGGCGCUGGAGAAACUCAAUCAUCUACUAGAUGAAGAAACUGAGCUCCAAUCAAGCAGAGAAAGCGAAUUUUUGCUUCGCUUUCUCCGCUUGCGCAAGUACAAUGUUGAUGAAGCGCUCAAGAAUAUUAAGAAUUAUUACAGGAUCCGCAAAGAAUGCUCCUCUGUCUUUGAGGAUUUUGUACCUUCGACAGCCAAACCCGCUGCCAGAAGCGUGGUGAUGGUGCUUCCCCAGCGAGAUGUUCAUGGCCGGCCGGUGUUACUGCUCAAAUCAGGCGACUGGGAUCCCCAGACUGCGGCACACAGUGAAGUUAUGCAAGCAUUUGCCCUGGUCAUGGAAUAUCUGACAGCGGACCCCGUGGCACAGACGAUCGGAAUUUCCUUUAUCCAGGACAAUGGCGGACUUACCUUGGAUAAGAUGGUUUACCUCAACUUUGGGCUGCUCAAGAGCUUCACCAGGCUUUUUUUGGACUGCUCACCUGUUCGAAUAAAAGCGAUUCACAUCGUGAGGGAGUCUUACGUCUUCAACAUGGCUUACGCUGUGAUUCGACCUUUCAUCAACAAGAAGAUAGCAGACAGGGUUCAUUUCCACGGAGAGAAAUUCGAGGGUCUCUACAAUGACAUGCCCGUAAAUAUGCUUCCCAAGGAAUAUGGAGGAAUGGGCCCCGACCUGGACUUCAAAGCCUACUGGAGAAUUCUAGACCAAGCGGAAGCCUCCUUCGUCGAGAACAAACGCUAUGGAUACACCGGGAAAGAAGACUGUAGCGAAGAUAUCGAGGUCACAGCUUUUUAG